AGGGCGUUGUGGACUGUCCUCCUCGUCGUUGAAACCCGCCCGAGAACGAGGCCAUCAUCCGAGUAUCCCCACUUCCAAGAUAUGUGAUCGGCUUCCGGGAUUGCGGCUGUUGGGCAGCCGAUGGAUGGUAUAAGGAGAAGGCCGCUCUGCAAAAAGGAAAAGCUGGUCACGUUUGGCACCACCCGAGUCUGCAACGCGAACCGCAACAAUGGCCCAACCGGAAACAGCGCAAGAUGCCAGCGAAGCCGCCGCCCAGUCCGGCAGCUUCAUCGAAGCCGACCCCAACCUCAGUGACAACGAGUCGACGUACAGCUCCCUCGCAUCGACUGGUGGCUCGACCUCGAUAUCGUCGAGCGUGCGGGACUAUGCCUUCGAGAACGGCCGCCGCUACCACAAAUUCCGAGAGGGUCGCUACAACUUCCCUAACGAUGAUUUGGAGCAGGAGCGUGAGGACAUGAAGCAUGCCAUGUUCCUGGCGGCUUGCGGUGACAAGUUGCAUUAUGCUCCAAUUGGGCCGAAUCCGAACAGGGUAAUCGACAUCGGCACAGGCACAGGGAUUUGGGCUGUGGAAAUGGGUGAUACCUAUCCCAGCGCGGACGUUUUGGGAGUAGAUCUGAGCCCAAUCCAGCCGCACUGGGUGCCUCCAAAUGUCCGCUUCGUCGUUGAUGACGCUGAGGAUCAAUGGCUGCAUCCAUCGAACCACUUCGACCUUGUUCAUGCCCGAAACAUGACAUAUGCCAUUAAAGAUUACCCCAAGCUCAUGGAUCAAGCUAUGAGAUGUUUGAGCCCCGGUGGCUGGAUUGAGUUUCAAGAGCUCGACUACAUCGUGCGGUCUGACGACGGCUCCAUCCCCGAGGACUGGGGACUGAAAAAGUUCAUUAAGGCCAUCGGCGAAGGCCUAGAAAACCUCGGGCUUGACCUUCACCGCGCAGAAAAACUUGCAGACGAGGCUCGCGCUGCCGGCUUUGUCAAUGUCGAGACAAAGUGCAUGAAGAUCCCAAUCGGAACAUGGCCGAAAAACAAGCUGUUGAAGACGGUGGGCGCAUACACCCAGGCACUUGUCCUGGACGGCCUGCAACAAGGUGGUUACGGACCGCUUUGCCGAGGUAUGGGGUGGACACGAGAUGAGGUUGAGGUCUUCCUGACCGGGGUGCGUAAAUCGGUAUGGGAUUCCAAGAUCCACUCGUACUACCAGCUAUACAUGGUGUAUGGACAGAAACCCAAAGCGUGAGCUAGGAGCUAUGAGCGGGGGAGUGCCGAAUUGGCCAAUGCCUGGUCCUGUAUCGAGUGAUUUACCUACCUAGGUCUAUCACUCGUUGGUCCGCGACGUCGUUUCUUGGCUCAGAAGCUACCGAUACCCCUAGAGUAUGUACUUGUAUGGAUUCUGUGCAGCGCGUUUCAAUCACCACUCGCAAAAUCACCACUCGCAAAAACGUUCAUUUAUGGUGUAUAGCCCUCAGCCAAGAAAGCGCUAUCACAGUAGAGGGGACGGAAGGCAGGAAGAAGCAUGGAUAAACGCCAGGUUCGUGUCAAUCCGUAGAAAUCUCAACGAACUACAUGACAUACAGGG